AAGAAGCAGCUUGUACAGCGGAAAGUUCGUGAAACUCAGUUUCACGAGUUCAGGAUUUGUUUGUACGGUGUUUAAGCCCCAGUUUCCGGUCUCUUGAAUUUUCCGGCUGUGUGUGAUAUGAGCAGCAUGCUUUGGAACUGGGGAAAUGCAUUUCGGAAAGAGAUUUACUUUGGUCAGCUUUAUUUUUUCUCUGUUUUCCCUCUGCAGCAGAAUCACAGCCAUCAAAAUUAUUGGGAGGAGUGCCAGUGUGACAGCUGGAGAUGAUGCACACCUGUUCUGGCAGCUGAUUGACACAACGGAGAAUCUGACCAGCAUUACGUGGCAAAGAAGGACAAAGGAAAAACCCACAUAUACAAAAUUUUUAAUUAUUACUUCACAUGGCAAAGUGGAAUAUAAUGGAUUCGGGAACAGAGUUGAAUUCACUGGAAACAUCUCGGAACACAGUGGGUCAAUUCUUUUAAAGAACGUGACCUCUUCAGAUGAGGGGAUCUACAUGUGCAUCUUCAUCAUAUUCCCAAGUGGACCAUUUAAGAGAGAAAUACAUCUGGCAGUUCUAGUUCCUCCUGUUGUCAGUGUGGGUCCAGAUGUGCCUCCUGUUGCUGGUGACACUGAAGAGAUCUUGGCAACCUGCACUGCAGCCGGUGCAAAGCCUAAAGCAGAUGUGUCCUGGAGUUUGGAAGCUUUAAGUGACUCUGUCAAAAUACAGACUGAUGUCACUGUGGACUCUGAAGAAAGAUGCACUGUUAAAAGCAGCCUGAUUGGUGUAGCAUCCAAAGAUCUAAACGAGCAGAAGGUUCAGUGUUUGGUCUCACACCCUGGCUUGAAGAAGAAACUGGAACUGAAUUACAACUUGAUCAUCCACUAUCCUCCUCAGGUGGUAUACAUUACUUCAGUAGGUGAUCAAGAAGAAACACGUGAAUUCCAGUGUGAAGCAGAUGCUAAUCCAAAACCAACAAACUUCGCCUGGAGCAGGUAUUUUCCAGUGAAGGAGCCUCUUUCCAGUGGUGUUAACAGCAGACAGGUUAUUCCCCUGACCCCUAACAAUAACGGCCUUUACUAUUGUGUGGUGUCUAACCAAUACGGGAGUGCUGUUGCUUCUCUCUACAUGCAUGUUUUCCCAGCUACAGAAUCCAGGACUUGGACUCUGUUCAUCAUAUUCAUAGUGCUUGUUCUGGCUGUGGUUGGUGUUUUUGCCUUACGAAAAAGUAAUUUUUGUCAAGGAUUUCUUCAAUUUAUAGAAAGACUGCGGAAUCGUCAGCAUGAUCCUGUAAGUGACUUGUCUGCACCUUCAAACAUGAACAACAACCCUCCAAAUGUUUGGAUGUUUGAAACGUCUCCGUUGGGACCAUACCCUGAUGUUGUGGAGGGGCUUGUUCUUCUUCCAAUUCCCUGAAACUGCUUUUCUGGAAUUCAAGAGGAAACCAAAUGGUCCUAAAGCAUCUGUUAUGUGAUCCAGUUUGGGCCUCCUUUCCACAUAGUUAUGAAAUAAAGUUAGUAUAAUCUAAUCAAUAUUAAAGGUACCAUAACACAAGUUCCUGUUUACUUGUUUGCCAUCAUGAACAUGAUUCCCAAGAGGAACACAAGCAGCUCUGAAAGAUCUCUGCAAUGAGGAGGAUGACGCCCAGACAUCAGAGCAAAGAAAGCAUCACAUCUUUAAUAUUUCCUCAAGGAGUUUAUUUCUGGACAUUCAAUACACAACCUGAUUUCUUCAUGUCUGACUGCAGAACCAGGUGAAGCCAGUUAUGGCAGAUGAGAGACUCUCCAGAGACCAUCAAAAGUACAUAAGGUUAACAUCAACUACAAUUCUCGUAAUUUAAACCAGAUGUAAGUUGAUGACCCCAGUAAGUUCCCUUUCACUUUAUAGAUACAGUAUUGGGUAAAAACCUCAGCGUUUAGACACAGACCUCUGUUUGUUUUAUCUAACAAGUUAUCUGCAGUCAUCCAGGAACUCAGUAUUUGUUCAACACAGUUUUCAGUUAAACCUGUUUCAAGAAAAGAAACAGGGGAUUGAGUGACUGGCUGAUUUUUAAAAUGUUUUGCUUCUUUGGCUGAUUUAUAUUAUUUUUCACACAUUGGUUCAGUUUUACUUUUUUUCUUGCAGUUUUUGUACCACCCCCCCGUGUUUUUUUUAUUUUAUGUACGAGCUUCAUUUGAAAUUUAUUCGUAUGUUGUCUCCACUCACAUUACUAAAUAAUUAGUUAUUUAGAUGGUAGAACAGUGAAACUGGUAUAUUGUGGCCUGACCCAGACACAUUAUCUCUGGGAGCUCAGGAUGAAUUCACAUGAUUUUAUCACUGUGUGUCUCACUGAGAGUCAGGAGUGCUGGCCUCAUUAUAUUUCACUGAUUAUUUAGAGAUUAAAUCAACAAUCCUCUCAGUUUAACUGUAGCAUUUACAAUAUUGACCCUUAAAAUGUUGACACUUUAUUUAAAAUGGACCCAUUUUAGAUCUAUUUUUAAGAGAUUGAUGAUUUAACCUUUUAAUUACACUGCGCUAUGCUGAUGAGAAACACUUUCGUUUUUUUGUGUGUAUGCAAAUUCUCAGGGAAAUGACAGUAAAUCUUGAAUCGUACUACGGCAAUAGAGGAGAUUGAACUUUUUUCUUUUAAACCGAUAAAGCGGCAGUUAGCAGGAAUAAAAAUCACCUGACAGCAGUGACUUUCACUAAAUGAGGAGAGGAGACACGGUGAAAUGUGCUCAUUUUCUUCUCCUAGCGGUUACAUUCAGUGAAGCAUCUCACUUAUGAGCCUGAAUGAAAUUGUCUUUGUUCUGUAAAAAAAUAAAAUGCUUGCUAUUAAGCGGCAGUCACACUGAACUUUAGUCUUACUUACUGCUGUUUGGCACAAAACAUUAAAAUGAUUUGUUAAAGUGAAUUUAAUGCCACUAAACCACACUUUUUUCCUUGUGUAAAGCAACAAGGCCACAUUUCGUGCGACAACCAUGUCGCACUGGGGCGCUUGGCCAAAUUAUGUCCCCACCAAUAUCAACACCGUUUUUACGCCCUUGGAUAGACCAUGUGUUUUCAAACCAUAGCUGAUCCUAAAGGCAGGACAUUGAUGCAAGAUCAGCGGAUUUUCACGGGAUCUGCCGAGACUGAUCCGGAAGAUCCCGUAGGAGUGCGUGACGUCACACGUGUAACAAUCCAGGUGUCAAUUUCGUUCCUGUGCGCAGCAGUGGUUAGACCAGUCUCGAUAUGUAAUCACGUUUUGGAGAGAAUUCUGAUGGUGAUUGGGAUCUUGUAUGUCGGAUGAAGGGGCAGAUGAUUAUCAAGGAUAUUCCUGUCAGUCCUGCGCUCUGUGGCGUGAACAAGGCGCACCUGAACUCAGAGAACUAUGUGUUUGGCUAUUUAAGGACUGCGCUGAUGCAAAUGCGAGGCGAAGUAUUACGCUACGUUAAGUAUGCAUUACCGAGCCUUCCUUCCCUUGUUCUUGUUUCCCUGGUUUCUCGAUUCUUGUUUCUAGUUCUUGUUCUCGCUUAGUCUGAUGUAGUUUGCGCCUCGACCGACCCUUUUGCUUGUUUUCACAUUUCUGAUCUUGCCUGCCGUUUUGGACUGUUUCUUUGUGUGUGUUUUAUGCACUUUAUGUAUAUAUUGCACUUUUAUUAUUAAACUGAACACUUGUGCACAUA